UUGAAAGCCGAAGAUUCACAAACCGCUAAAUGUAAGUUGUGUAAAUCAAUAAUUAAAACGGCCGGACGUUCGACAAAAGGUUUACAUGUGCAUCUAAAGUCAAAACACAAAAUUGACAAGGAAAGCGCAUCAGACGGGAGCGGAAGUGCUGCAGCUUCUGCAACUGCGUCAACGUCCAGUUCCUCGACAUCGACUCAUUGUGAAGCUCAACCAUCAACCUCGGCAAAGAAGCACAAAAUCACUGACCAAUUUCCAAGUGCAAACAGUGCUGUAGAAACGAGGGUAUCACGCAUGGUGUCAAAAGAUGGUUUUCCAUUCCGGGUUUUCUGCACCUCGUCGGAUUUACGAGACCUUUUUAAAGCCGGGGGCUAUAAGUUACCAAAAUCGCCUAAUUCUAUCAAAUCAAUGGUUAUGCAUUUCGGCACGACUGUAAAAAUUACCAUUAUUCGAGAUCUCCUAAAGCUGAAAGAGAGCAACCACAGAUUCACCCUCACAUUCGACGAAUGGACUUCAACGAGAAAUAGGCGCUAUUUAAACGUUAAUGUUCACGCCUUGGCUAAUGAAAAAUCUAUUUCUUGGAACUUAGGGCUGGUGCAGAUUUACGGAAGUCUACCUGCAGAAACAUGUAUCACUGUUUUAAAAGAAAAAUUAUCAGAAUACGAGCUAUCUUUAGAUAAGGAUGUAAUCUGUAUUACCACAGAUGGUGCCAAAGUCAUGGUAAAAGUUGGGAAACUCAUCAAACCCCAUCAACAACUCUGUUAUGCACAUGGCAUCCAAUUGGCUGUUUUGGAUGUUAUUUAUAAACAAAAUACAUCUUCACGUAGUGGCCACGAAGCAUCAAAUGAAGAAAUGUCAGUGCGAAAUGAGACAGUUAGUGAAAGAGCUGAUGAGAAUUGUGACAAUGACUUGGAAAAUGACGAAAAUGACAUUUUUGAUUUGUCUUUUCCUACACCUACAAGUGAAAUAAACCUGACUGUGGAAUAUGCAGAAGUUGUUAAGAAGGUACGAAAAGUAGUAAAACUAUUUAAAAAUUCGCCUACUAAAAACGAUCUGCUGCAGACGUAUAUGACAAAAGACAUGGGAAAAAAUAUUGCUUUAUUGUUGGAUUGUCAAACAAGGUGGUCAAGCCUGUGCGAAAUGAUAACAAUAUUCAACAAAAUAAGAUCGUGCGUAUCGAAAACCCUGAUUGACUUAGGUCUUGGUGCAAAUCAUGACUACGUUUUCACUGAACAGGAAUAUGAUGUGCUAAUGGAUCUAGAACGAAUAUUACAGCCGGUAAAAUUAGCAGUCGAAGUUUUGUGUAGACGUGAGUCUAAUUUGAUUACUGCGGAAACUACUUUGAGAUUUAUUAUUAGCAAACUGAUAAAUAUUAAUAAACCGUUAGCCCGAAAACUUGUUGAUUCGUUGAGGAAACGUAUCUCAGAGCGGCGAACUGACUUGACAGCGGUUUUAUUAUACUUACAUGAUCCACAUAAGUACGAAGAAGACAAAAGUCAAUUUAUUUAUGAUGAAACAUUCAAUCUACCUCCAAAGAGUGUAAUACGCAAGGCCAUCAAAAAUAUAGUAGAAAGGCUAGAGUACACAGGAAGCAAUGCAGUAACCACUACUCCUGUUGAUGAUCCUUAUGACGACAUCCCUCUCUCUAAUCUCGAGACGCAAACGGAAGCCGCAGCACCAAUGUCACUUGAAAACGAACUCGAACUGACUUUGACUAGUAUCAAAAGUCCUGGCUCAACAGCCCAGCCACCUAGGUCUGGAAGUAUGAGUAACCUUGAGGUUUUGAUAAAGAAGGAAAUGAACUAUUUCGAGUCGGGUGGAUUAAAAGGCACUUACCUUCAGUUCGCCUAUAACGCACUUAUGACUAUUGUACCAACCAGCGUGGAAGCUGAGCGGGCUUUUUCAGCUGCUGGCUACCUUGUGUGCAAUAUCAGAAGCUGUUUAGCAGAUGACACAAUUAAUACUUUAACUUUUUUAAGAAGCUACUUCCAAAAUAAUGUUUAA